CCAUCCAUAUCCUUCCUUGACCGAGUGAUCACCACCCAACAACAUCCACCCUCAAUUCCCAUCCCCAACAACCAAACCACCCUUAUGACCUCCAUCCUCGUCACCGGCGCCACCGGCCGUCAAGGCGGUUCCGUAGCUCGCCACCUCCUCUCCCACGGCGGCCACACCGUCUACUGCCUCGUGCGCACCCCGACCAGCCCAUCCGCCAUGGACCUCUCCGCCCACGGCGCCACCCUAAUCCCAGGCACAUUUGACUCCCCCACCAUCCUCCAAGAAGCCUGUCAGCGCGUCAAAACCAUCUUCCUCAACGUCUCCCCUUCUUUCCAACACGACGGGGCUGAAAUCCGACACGCCAGUAACGUCCUCGCGGCAGCGACCCACCCCCUCAGCACCGUGAAAACCCUCAUCUACACGAGUGUCUGUGAUCUCGACUCCCGCAGCACCUACCCCGAUUGGGCUCAUUGGGAAGAUUCCCAUCCAUUGAAGGAAUACUUCACAAGUAAGGCGCAUAUUGAGACGCUUUUUCGGCAAAGCAGGAUAGAGAAUUGGAUGAUCCUUCGUCCGCCGUUCUUUAUGACCAAUUUCUUGAGUCCGAGUGUAGAGGGUUACUUUCCUGGGUUGGGGUCGCAGGGGAGGCUGCGGACGGCCCUACCAUCCGGGAAAAGGAUGAUGCUUCUUGAUCCGGAUGAUAUUGGGAGGGUGGUGGCUAGGGUGGUGGUGGAGGAGUCGGGGAGGUUUUCGAAGAGGGUUAUGGAUAUUGGUGGAGAGGCGUUGACGAGUGGGCAGAUUGCGGAUGCUAUUUCGAGGGUUACUGGGAAAAGGGUGGGGGCGGAGGAGGUUGGGGAGGAUGAAGCCGUGGGGAGUGGCAAUUGCAGAUUGAUUUGCAGAGGUGGUAUUGGUGGAGGCAGGAUAGGUUUGAUCCUGGGGUGUUGGAGAGGGAGUUGGGGGUGGGGAUGA